UUUUUUGUUUCUAUUGUGAAGAAUAAUUGAUCAAUUCGUUGGGAAAUUGUAAAAAUCGAUCCAAAAGCGAUAAACAAAACUUAAAAAUCGGUGAAGAUUGAACGAGCGACAGUGUUGAUAUUCAUCAAUCAAGUGACUGUGGUAACUGGCAACCAAAAUUUUAUCAUCGACUUCGAUUACGACUUGGCCCCUACUUCCACACACUUUUCAUCAAAUUGAUUAUUUGAAUAUUUUUGAAUCAAAUAUUUUUAUCGAUAAAUUUUAAUUAUCUGUUCGUCAUGCGUAACCAUCGUCCGCGAAAACGUGGACGCCCACCAAAAAUUCAACCAAAUAAUAAUAAUAAAUAUUUGAAUGCAAAAACCAAUAAACUAAUUGUCGAUGAUGAUGAUGAAGAUUCAAAUCAUAGUUCAUCUACAACGAAUACAUCAAGAUCAUCUGGUACGAAUAAUAAAUAUCAAACACGUUCAAGCCGACGAUCAUCAACACGGUUGAACAGUGUGACUGUAGAAUCGACGAAAAAACGUGGCCGUAAACGUAAAAAAACCGAAAGUGAAGAUGAAUUAUGUGAUGAUGAAUAUUAUUAUGAAGAACCAGCAACACAAAGUGAUGAUGAUAUUGAAGAUUCGGAUAAAGAUAAUGAUGACGGUGAUGAUAAUGAUGAUGAUGUGAAUGAAUUAGAUGAAUUCGAAGAAGAAGAAUUAGAAGAAGAAAUUGAAGAUGAAAAAGAAGAAACCGGUAAACGACGUGGAAGACCACCACGUGAAAAAGCACCUGUUUAUCUUGAUGAUCAAGAAGUACCAGAAUUAUUGUUACCAUCUUCAUCUGAAGAUUUACUUAUAUCGGGUAGUGAGUUGAUUCGUGCACUAAGUAUUUAUGAAAUUUUACGACAUUUUAGUAAUGCUUUACGAUUAUCACCAUUUCGUUUUGAAGAUUUUUGCAUAGCACUUUUAAUUGAUGAACAAACAUAUUUAUUAUCCGAAAUUCAUAUUCAAUUAUUGAAAGCUUUGAUUCGUGAAGAUGAUUUGAUCGGUACACAACAUGGACCACAAGAUAUUCGAGAUUCUAUUAACGUUUACCUAUAUCUUUGUGAUCAUGUUACAUGGCCUGAAGUGCUUCGAAUUUAUCUUUCAUCUGAUUAUAAGAAAAAUAAGCCCAUCAUGGAUAAAUGUUUAAAUGAUACCUAUCCAUUCACCAGUCUAGAUAAAAAAUUAAUUCUUCUCCAACAUUUAUGUGAUGAUUUUCUCAACACACAAGUUGUAAAGGAUGCAAUCAAUUCGGAGGGAAAGCUUGAUCAUGAUGAACAUUGUCGUUCAUGUCACAAAAAUGGUGAAAUGUUAAUGUGUGAUACAUGCCCGGCAGUAUUUCAUUUAUCCUGUCUGGAUCCUCCAUUGAAACAAGUUCCCGAACAGGAAUGGUUUUGUCCAAUUUGUAAACAAAAUCAGGUGAUGGGCGUAACCGAUUGUGUUAAUGAAUAUGAACGUCAAAUGCCACGACAAGAACCGAUUGGUUGGGAUCGUCAUGGUCGACAGUAUUGGUUCCUCGCUCGUCGUAUCAUUGUUGAAGAUAUUAAAACCGAUAAAGUUUCUUAUUAUAGUACCCGAUUACAAUUCGAUGAACUACUCGACUGCCUUGAUGAUGAAAUGUAUGAAUCGGAUUUGUGUAAAACGUUAUCCGAAUUGCAAGAAGAUAUCUAUCGGCAAAUGAGCAUCACUGAAAAACUCACCAAAAUAGCCAAAGGUUCUCGAAAAAGCUAUCUCGAAGUGAUCAAUGAAGAAUUGUACCUCAAACGAUCUUCAAAAUUGAAAUCAGAAGCGACAGAUUCUGAUCAGUUAACAAUCGAUGAAAAAAUAGCCCAAUUGGAAGUAAAAUUAGCCGUUGAUGAAGAAGAUUUGAGAGGUGGUGGUAUGCAAACUAGACUAAAAACUGGUACCUUGCCACAAAAACCACUGGCAAUGAAUCCGUUACGAAAUCAUACCAGUCUUUAUAAUACGAUUCAAGCAUUCCGUGAUGAAGACACCGUAAUAAUCAUAGCAGAUGAUGAAAAAACUUUAACUCGUACUCAACGACGAGCAUUGCCUGUAUCAUAUUUUCAGAUGAAUUUGUUCAAUCUUGGUUUCGAAGGAAAUUAUCGUAAUUAUCAGAAUAUUUAUAGUUUAAUACCGAUGGCUUUGAGUCGAAAUCAGGUGCAAGAUGAUCGUGAUCGUCGAAGGCAUUUAAGUCAUAAAUUCAGUUUAACACCUAUGUCCGAUUUAAAAUGGGCUUCAUAUAAUCAGGUUGUAACGGCAGCACCUGUUACAACAGCACACGGACCAAAGCCAAUGUUGAUUAAUACGUUACGACAAGCUUUAUUGCAAUUUGAAUUGAAUUUUAUCAAUCCUUUCAUGCAUCCAAAUUGGAAACGUCAUCGAGACAAUUGGAUCAAAGCAGUGAAGAUCUGUUCAGAGCCUAGAGAAUUUGGUUUAGCAUUAUACAUCUUGGAAUCUUCCAUGAAACCAGUGUUAUUCAACAGCUCCUUCAAUGAUCUACUGGGUUUUACUGUUCUUCAACGUACCACUCAAUUGGAACGUGAUGAAUUGAAAAAGAAAGAAAAGAAAAGUGGUCGUUCUGCUGCUGCUGCUGCAGUUUUUGAUGUGUCCGAAUUGAUGUCGAGUAUGUUGGACCCGAACGAUUCAUCCUUAGCAUCAAAAUAUAAUCCAUUAGGUGGUGCAGGCGUCAAAUUAGUCAAUGGAAAAUUGCGACAUCAGAUAUGGAAACAAAAAGGUGAAGAAUAUCGGCUAUCCGGAGUCGGCGGUUGGUUUUGGCUGAAUAGCAUACGAAAUUCAUACAAAGUGGCUAAAUGUUAUAUGGAACAAGAUUUGUCAACAAUAUCUAAUGAAGAAAAUAGUGAUUGCUUAAAAGAAGAAAAAAGUGACAAUAACAACAACAAUAAUGAAAAUGUUGAAAUGAAAGAUGAAAGCAAUGAUGAAAAAAUUGUUGAAAAUUCCAAUAUCAACAUGCAAACUGAUGAUGAAAUUGAUUAUAAAAAUGAUGAAAAUUUUAUUGUUAAUAUUUCUGAAUUUUUGACGACGAAAAAUUCGUUAAAACGAAAACUUUAUUAUCCAAAAAUUUUUAAAGAAUCAAAAUUGGAUAAACUUUUAUCGCUUCGUAUGGCUCAGCUAGAAUUCGAGCGUAAACAUAAAAAAGAUGAUGGUAAUGAUGAAAAGAAAAAUGUUUUGAUUAAACCGAAAUUACAGCCACCAAUUACAUCAAUAUCGACCACAUCAUCAACUUGUUAUUCAAUUAGCUGUGAUUCGAAUUCUCAACUUCCUUCUUCUUCUCAGAAUCAUUCUUGUUAUUCACCACUUUGUUCUUAUUUAUCAAAAAAUCAAAAUCUUAUAAAUGAAAAUUGUUCAUUAAUUAAAGAAGAAGAAAUGGUUUUUGAAGAUCUUACCGAACCAGUUGAACUGAAGAAGAUUAUCAGUGUUGAUGGUGUCGAACAAUUUGCAAAAAAAGUUGUUCCGUUUAUUAGCAAAGGACAACUACCACCAAGUACUCGUUUCACUAAUGGAAAAUUUAAAUCGAUUUUUAUACCAUUGAAUUAUGAACUUCGUCAACUUGGAAGAUCUGGUGGCCAAUAUGAAGUUUUUGGUUUUAAUUAUAAUGCCAAAAUCAAUCCAUCAAUAUGGCCAUAUGGUUUAACACCACGACCAUCUUUUCGAACAACUUGGCUUUAUCGUGUGUACAAUUUACCUACAUUACAUUGUGUAGCUUUACAGCUUCGUGUUCUAUGGGCGUCAGUUCGCUGGGAUGAUUUAGCACAAAAACCACCCAUUUCUGGCACGAAUACUAUCACCACUGAUGUUGAUGUUCAAACAGUCGAAAUCCUUAAGAGAAGAGAUAUACCACCGUUUGGUUUACGUUCCGAAUAUCGUAUCAGAAAAAUUACUGUUCCAAUUGAUGUUCCUAUUUAUCGUACACGUGAGAUUUCAACACCAAAUCGUAGUGGAUUACGUGAACGACGACGACCUGAAUCACCACAGAACAAAGGUCCACGAAUGGAUGAAAAUUGGAUUCGCGAAGAAGAAUUAGAAUUAUGGGAAAUCAAGCAAUUCAAUGAUAAACAGAUUCAAUUAGCACGACAAAAAGCUAUUCAAGAACAGCGUCAAAAAGAAAUGGAAAUGAAAAGAAAAUUACAAGAAACAGGAAGCCUUCAUAAUAAAACAUCAGUUGAUACUGUCAGAUUUGUUAAUGGCGGUAAUAUUAAUUUGACCACAACGCCCUCUAAAUCAUUAUCGGCAAAAUUCUCGACUUUGAUCACAAAUCGUACACCACCAAAACUCACUACAUCUCAAUCUACUUCUCAUCCGACCAUUGCUACAUUGAAUACGGUUCCAUAUGGAUCAACAAUUCACACCUCGAAUGGUCCGUUAGUCCGAUUACAAACAACAAGUGGUACUAAACCAUCACCUCAGCUUUUUAUACGUGCAGGAAAUAAUUUCCAAUUGCUUACAUCAACGGCUAAUCCUGUAACACCAAAUCGAACACAAACAUACAUUGUGCGAACGCCAAUAAGUUCAACUGGUGGGACAGCCACUUCAGGUCGACCAAUUUUCAUUUCAAAUACUUUGAAUACAUCACCGAUGAUACGAUCAGUGAAUACGAUUCAUUCGAAUAUUCGACAUUCGAUACCAAUUAUUGCCACCAAUUGUCCCAAAAAAAUAUCAACAGCGACAACCGUAAAUGCUAUAUUGACAACAAAUACAUUAAAAACAGUAGCUACAACUACUACGGCAACAAAUUUGACAACUACAUCAUCAUCAUCAUCAUCAUCAACUCCAUCAACAGUUUUGCCAACGAUCAACGUUGCAGGAAACAAUAAUAAAAAUAUUACUUGUCUACCAUUAAAAUUAAGUGAUGGCCGAACACAUUAUGUUCCUUUAAGUUCAUUACAAACAGCUGCCGGUUCCAAUCAAACCUUGCAAAUUGCUUUGAAUUCCAACAAUCAUAUUCGUUUUGUGACGGCUAAGUCAAUUAUUAAUCCAACAAAUCCAUCAUCUUCAGAUGCAUUUGGAUCUACGACUAAUCCAACUACUAGUAUUAGUGGUGAUAAUCAAUCAAGAACGAUCAUCGUUGCAAGUAGUAACAAUUCAGUGUUACCGACAACAACCCCACUCAAUACAAUCGUCUUGACACAUGCGAAUAAUCAAAAAGUUAUACUACAUUCAGCGGCUCCUACGACAACGCCAACGGUGAACCAAAUGGGAAUCAAAACUGUUCAAAUUGGUAAUAAUCCAUCAUCGACGAUGUUGACCAAAAAUCCGAUCAUAGUUCGUAAUCCGAAUGUUGUGACCACUGGUCAGCAAACUGAUCCGAUUCCCGCAUCGACAUUAUCGAAAGCAGCUAUUAUUAAUAUAUCGAGUGAUUUGAACAAAGAAUCAGAAGAGAAAAAUUUUGUAGUGACAGCAGAAAUGACACAAGAUAUUGUCCGAAAAGCUUUGAUGAAUCCAAAUGUAGCUCCAGAGAUUGCACAAAAAUUAUUAGCAUUACAAAAACAUCAUCAAGAACAAGCCGAUUCUCCACAUCAUUCACAGUUAAAUCAACAGCAAUCAAUUGCAUCUAGAAAUGAUAUUCCAUCUAAUCAUCGAACAAAUAACCGAUCAUCAUCAAGAAGUUCUCGUUAUUCUCGAUCCAAAUAUGAUAAUGAUAGUGAUUUCAUCUACGAAUAUCCACAGCCAGAACGACAUAGCAGAGUUUCUCGUAUUAUUCGCGAUGAAAAGGAAGAUGUCGAAAGAAUUUGCUCGAAUAUUAUUAAACAGAUGGUUGAUAAGAUUGAAAAAGAGGAACGUUCAACGAAACAUAAAGAAGUAAUGGCCGAAAGAAGACACAAAAAGGCUAUACAAAUGAAAAUCAAAUAUCGACAGAAUCAUAUCGAAGUCAUUCGAAGAAAUAUUUCUCGUCGAAAAUCUGUUUUUAAUCAACAUAUAAAAUGUAUGGUCGAACAGGAAAUUGAUGAAAAAUUAAAACAAGCUAAGCAAAAAUUAAUUACGCCAGUCAAGCCGAUGGUGAAAGCAUCAUCAAAUACACAGACUAUUAAUCAUUCGAAUAAUGUUAAAGUAACGAUCACUGGUGUUAAACAUAAACUCGAUAGUAAAGAUCAUGAUACAAGCAAAUCCAAUAGUUCCUCAUCAGUAACAACACCAGAAUCUGAAACUCGAACAAACAAACGACCACGUUUGACCGUUUCCAAUAGUGGUCAUAAAUCAUCAUCAAAUACUGUUGAUUCAUCAAUGUUGAAUAAUGUUAACAACGUUGGAAAAAGUCCACAUCAAGCAAAUCAAACACCUAAAAAAUCACCAAAAAAUAAAACAUCAGCAACUUAUUGUAUUUGCAAUCGAACCGAUGAUAAAUCGAUGAUGAUCGCUUGUGAUGAUUGUGGACACUGGUAUCAUAUCAAAUGUAUCGGCAUGGAGAAACAAGAAGCAGAUAAUAUGGAACAAUAUUUUUGCUCAGAUUGUAAAAAUCGAAAUCCGAAAUCAAAUGAUAAUAGUCAUCAAAGUAAAAAAUCUAAUUCAUUAUCAAACAGUAAAUCAAGUCCACGAUCAGCGAACGUACAACGAAAAUCUGGUCCGGGACGUAAACCUAAACAUCACCGUGCAGCAAAUAAUAACAGUAAUAACAGCAUCAGCAAUGAUACAGUCGAUAAUCAUAAUGUAGUAAUUGAACAGGAUGAUAAUGGUGAUGAUAAAGAAUAUUGUUUUUGUCAUGAAAAAUAUGAAAGCGACAAAUUUUACAUCUGCUGUGACCAAUGCAAUGAUUGGUUUCAUGGUCGCUGUGUUGGAGUAACCAGUAUUCGUGCCGAUCAAAUUGAUGAAUACUUUUGUCCACGAUGUCAAGGUGAAGAAUCCAAAAGUUAUCGAAAUAUCCGACCACUUGUUGAUGCUGAUUUUCAACGAAUGGAAAAAAUUGUUAAAACUGUCAAGUCACAUCGAAGUUCGUGGCCAUUUUUAAAACCUGUUGAUGGAAAACAAGUUCCCGAUUAUUAUACAGUUAUUAAAGAGCCAAUGGAUCUUCAACAAAUUUCAAAUCAAAUUAGUGGCCGUCAUUAUAAACGAUUUACUGAAUUUAUUUAUGAUAUGCAUAAAAUAUUCGAUAAUUGUCGAUAUUAUAAUGAACCAAAUUCACAAUAUUGUUUUUUCGCCAAUACAUUGGAAGAAGUCUUUGAACGAAAAUUACGAGAACUGAAAGAUUGAUUAAAAAUCGAAUGAUAAUGAAUAAUUGAAAACAAAUGAUUCCGAAAUAAUCUGUGGAUUAUGUAAAUGUAACGAUACAUUCAGAUUCGACAGGAAAUGCAUACAUCACACUCACACACACAUGAGUUGAUACAUUUUAUAAAACAUUUUUUGUUGUUUAACAUGAAAAUAUCUUUCCUUUUUUUCUAUCACUUUAUAAAAAUAUU